CAAAUUGGAAACAGGAAAAGGAAUUUGCAGACAUCAAAAAAUUACUUGAAAAAUAAAUUUACAACUUUCUAAGGCUGACGACUUGAAAGGAAAAUAAACCACCCUAACAAUCUCACCAGUGUAUCAAAACGCCAUUUUAUCUUCAAUAUGGCGGUCGUUAAUGUUCUAUUUUGUGUCUUGUUACGAUAGCUGCGAGCUUUAUCUAAAAUGAUGUAAAUCUCUAACUGGAAUUACAGAUUGAAACAAUACUUAUCUAUCAGAAGUAUGAAAAGAGGAUCAGACGUCCAUUUUCAGACAGGAAGCAAAAAAAUAAAGAAAGAAGCAUCAACAGUGGAGCGAUUACCUGAGAAUACAUUGUUCAUCGCUUCUGAUGGUCAAGUAAUUAGUCACCAACUAAAUGAUCAAGCCUAUGUUAUAGCGGCUGAUGGAGAGUACGCUGAACAAGAGGAAAGCGGUGAAGAUGAAAGUCAGGUGAUUGGCAGUGAAAUGGUUGAAGAUAGUUCGAAUAUUAAUCUGGCUGACGAAAGUUUGCAAAACGUUGAAGAAAUCGUUGGCGGUCCUCAAAAUCUAAUAAUAGAGCAUAUGGAUAUUAGCGAGCCACUGACUACCCUAAGAGUUUUACUGGAGAAACGGCUGCAAACAAAUCUGGCAGAUCAUGACUUCUAUUUGCAAGAUUCCAUUUUACUUGAUCCAGAGAAAAAUCUCGUGUCCCAGUGCGUGCAAGGUUCUGGUUUGGUGCAAAUAAAUUUAGAAGUCAAAUCGAACCCAAAUACAAAGCCCAGUUUGAAUAUUAUUGACAUUUUAAAACCAGCUGCUGAAUUUGCAGACUCUCUAGAGAGAAAGCAAGAAAGGAAACCGAAAGUAACUCAAAGAAAUAGAACUUCAUCGGGGAACACUAAAAUUGUUAUUCCCUUAUCUGAAUCAGAAGAUAAUGUAACGAGAUGGGUGGUAGAUUUAAAAUUUCGUAAGGAACAGGAACGUCUAUCAAUGUCUACUAAUCCUAAGGAAUGGCUACCAGAACAUGUUGAAUAUUGGUUGAAGUGGGCUGUGAAAAAAUUUGAUUUAGAAGAUGUUGAUGUAGAGAGAAUGUCAAAACUAAAUGGAGAAAAGCUAUGUGCAUUAAGCCAUGAGGCGUUUUCCAAAUACGUACCCAAUGAUAAGAGUGACAUGUUUUGGACACACUUGGAACUCUUACGUAAAUGUAAAUUUGUAGCUACAGUUCAACAGCCCGAAACAAAUGCGAUUACAACAAUUAUUGUUCCUUCCACUGAUACUCGUCUUGGGUCUCUGAGAGGGGCAAAAACAACAUCACAGAAACGAGUUGUUGCUUCUCCAAGAAGCACAUAUUAUAUGGCUGGUGGAGAGAGAGGUGUACCAGGUAACAAAACCGGAAAUAAUGGUCAAGUUCAAUUGUGGCAAUUCCUUCUUGAGCUAUUAACUGACAAAGAAUGCACUCAUCUCAUACAUUGGGUUGGAGAUGAAGGAGAAUUUAAACUAAAUAAUCCUGAAGGUGUUGCAAGUUUAUGGGGUCGAAGAAAAGGAAAACCUACAAUGAACUAUGAAAAGUUAUCCAGAGCCCUUCGCUACUAUUAUGAUGGUGAUAUGAUUUCUAAAGUGCAUGGUAAACGCUUUGUCUACAAAUUUGUCUGUGACUUACGGGCUCUGUUGGGUUAUUCGGCUCAACAGCUAUCUAGAUUGGUGGCAGAAUGUGCAGAGAGAUCAUCAGUAUUUGGUAGCACUAGCUCAUCAUCCGUUGCCACUACUUAUACCAUAACAAACGCCUCUCCUGUAAAUGUGCGACAGAUUUCAGGCUCUGAAAAUGAAAAUCCGGCACAUGCUAUAGUUAAAUUAUUACCGAAAGGUAGUAUAGCACCAAAAAUUCUACAGCGCUGA